GCGCAUCGCACCGCGCAGCACCGCACCCCGCCCGCCCCAUGAGCUCCGCCCUGACCCCAAGGGAUGGCGGCGAGCGGCCCUGUAGGAAGCGGGACGACUAUUUGGAGUGGCCCGAGUAUUUCAUGGCCGUCGCCUUCUUGUCGGCCCAGAGGAGCAAGGACCCAAACUCCCAGGUGGGCGCCUGCAUCGUGAACACGGAAAACAAGAUCGUCGGGAUCGGCUACAACGGGAUGCCCAACGGCUGCAGCGACGACCUGCUGCCCUGGAGGAGGGCCGCCGACAGUCGACUGGACACCAAAUACCCCUACGUGUGCCACGCCGAGCUGAACGCCAUCAUGAACAAGAACUCCACCGACGUGAAGGGCUGCUCCAUCUACGUCGCCCUGUUCCCGUGCAACGAGUGCGCCAAGCUGAUCAUCCAGGCAGGGAUAAAAGACGUCAUCUUCAUGUCCGACAAGUAUCACGACAGCGAGGAGGCGACGGCCGCCAGGCGCCUGUUUGAUUUAGCCGGGAUCGAGUACAGGAAAUUCACCCCCAGGUGCAGCCAGAUCGUGAUCGACUUCGAUUCAAUUAGCAGGCGGGCCGGCCAGAAGCCUCAGUGAGUCACGUCUCAUUAAGCCACAGAAGAGCGGGAUUAGCCUCUCCUAAGGAACCGCCGAGGCCCGUCAUCUCCACGCUCCACUUCGCUGUAGUCGCCGGCGCCACCGAAGGGGAAUCGAGCUUGGCAUCUUCCCGGGCGCGCGCCUGGCACACGGACUACUCUGUCUCUCUACACUACUCGUUUCUGCUUUUAGGAAGAACCCGGGGGGUAGGGUUGUGUGUGUACGUGGGGGGCCGGUCAUUGACUUUUGUCCCCCUACACACACACACCCUCUGCACCCUCAGGGGCCUGAGUCCAUCCCAGCUGCCCCACGGAUGGACGCACAACUGUCGGUGUGUUUUUUGGGGGAAGGACCACACGCUCGCCACAACCCCGGCUAGUUAGAACGGGCUGCCCUUGGAGAUGAAAGCGGAAGCCCCUGUUGGAAGAGCAUUAAAUAGUGUUAACGGAAAGCCA